UUUGGCUCAAGUAGCGGCUCGACUGCAGAGUCCGACGAUUGAGGGAACAGUUCGAUUCUCGAACAAAGGAGAAGUCAAGUCGAUUCAUCCGUCAAACGGAGCCCACCCCCCUCCACUCCGCCCCGUCGAGGAUCUCUCGUGCGAUGACCCGCUGGUAGUUAUCGCUGGCGCUGCCGUGGUUAUCGCGCCAGCAAUGUGCCCUGGUGAGUGCUCAUGAUUGAUCGUUCAGCUGUGACGGCGGAGAGAACUACAACGACGUCGACGACGACAAGGACGACGAGGACGAGGCGGUGGUGGUGGACAAAGGUGCCGUGGAUAGCACGGGACAGCUGAUUGACGCUGACUCCACGAAUCGUGCAGAAUCCAGUUCGAGCGCAAUGGCAGGUUUCGUGCUGCGUGUGAAAACAAAGUCGGGCCAAAAAGUCGUGAAUGGCCUCACCCCUCAGGACAAGGCGUUCCAGUUGAAAACGAAGCUCGCCGAGCUUACUGGCGUGCCCGCCGCCGCACUUCAGGUGCUCGUCGGCUUCCCACCGAAGCCCGUCAAUCUGGACGCGGACACCGCGAUCGAGCGCAUCGGCAUUGUCUCUGGGGACACCUUGAUUGUCGAAGAGAAGCGGAUUAUGUUCAACGGAGAGGAGCAGAAAUUCGACGAUUACAGCCGCUCGCACAUAGUCGACCAGGAGAGCUUCGCGGAUGCUCCCGGUGUUCUGAUGAAGAAAGUCGUGCCUGCCGACAAUUCCUGCCUCUUCACUAGCGUGGGCUACGUGCUGAACGGGAAGGUCGACACCAGUUGCGCCAACUUCAUGAGAGAGAUCAUAGCUAACGCAGUGGCGGCUGACUCCGAGGAGUACUCGGAGGCUUUCCUAGGCAGGCCCAACGCCGAGUACUGCAAGUGGAUCCUCAAGUCUGACUCGUGGGGCGGCGCCAUCGAGCUGUCAAUCCUGUCCAAGUUUUACGGCUUGGAGAUCGCGGUAAUCGACAGCAUCAACGCGAUCAUCAACAGGUUCGGCGAGGACCAGCAUUACGCUCAGAGGGUCUUUCUCAUAUUCGACGGGAUUCAUUACGAUCCGCUUUACCUAGAGCCGCUCGACGGCGGCUGUAUCCAAACGAUCUUCCCCACCGAGGACGAGAGGAUGCUGCUGGAGGCCGCCGAGCUCGCGCGAGAGGCGAGGUCGAGUCGUCAAUUCACGGACGUGCAGAAAUUCACGCUCAUGUGCAACGAUUGCAAGGCCAGACUGAACGGGCAGAUAGCGGCGCAGCAGCACGCCAAGGACACCGGUCACAAGAACUUCGGCGAAGUAGCGUAGCCGUGUCGCCGUCAACCUGCCGAUGAUCCCUCCGGCGACAGCUAUCCUUGACCCUAAACAGUAUAGAUAAGCUCGGGCGUUCGCUUUAAAUACGCAGAUACAAUUCGAUUUGCUCGUAUCGCGUCACUCACUCGGUCCGUUCUUUUCAGCUGAAUUGCACCAGAGCUCAGUAAAUCACGUGCACGUCGAAGCGUACGAAAUUCUCGCUUUUCGGUGUGCAUAAAUUUUUUCAAUUAACGCAGCUAGCUCGGCUAAAAAGAACGGACCAGUUGUUUCGCCGAUGGGAUCUCAAUGUUACUCGUUAUCAUUGCAGAUCGCCGCGCGCAUUCUUCAUUCGAGCGACGGAAGGUUUCGUUAUCUGUUACAACUUCUCACGUGCAAAUCGAAUGUACGAAGCCAUCGAGCUGCGAAUACGGAGAACGGUAUAAUACUCGAGAAUACGAUUAAAAAGUAAUUUAAUCAUGUGAGAGAGAGAGGGAGAGAGAGAGAGAGAGAGAGAGAGAGAGAGAGAGAGAGAGAGAGUUUAACGAUAUAUCUGUUGAUUUUUACUUCGAUCGCUGUGGGACUCGUUUCGAAAGCUUCGUAGGGAAUUAGUCGUGUGACGUUCGAAUUCGAUUUCGGAGGAUUUCACUGAUGCUUCAAAAGUGUCGGAUUUACAAGUGAAAUCUCCUCGAAACGUGCGGAAUUUCAAAACUCGGUGUAGAAACGUUAUAACAAAUUUUACGAAAAAAAAAAGAAAAAAAAUGUUUUCAAGCAUUAUAUAUCUUCUCUUAAUAUAUACAUAAAUAUAUACACACACGCUCAAUUUCAUGCAAUUUAUUUUUCUAAUGCGUGGAAACGUAAAUGCUGUAAAUAACUGUACGUGAUUAGUUUCUGCAAGUAAUAUGAUACAAAUGUAAUUGGCGCGCAUGCGUACGAGAUAUAUUAUUUUUGUAAAUUAUAUAUCCAAAUCAUGUAAUUCGAUAAUUAUCACACAAUUCCGCCUAGGUGUGUUUCUCAGUGAGCGAGUUUACAACAUUCUCCGGAUCAUUAUAAGCGAUUAUUUAGGCAAGACGGUAUGCUGUGCACGCGCAUAUAGUAAUAUAAUAUUCUAGAGGAGUAUUUUAUACUGUUUAGGAUUAAGGGGAUCGUUGGCGCUCGUAACUAGGCAAUGCCAGCCGGCGAAGGAAGGAAAGUUGAUGCGUUUUUUUUUACCCGGGCGAGGCGCUUGCGGACAGCGAAUACCUUUCCCGUCAUUAGUGUGAAUCUUACAUACGGUGCAAUUUGCAGGAUUGUUAAUACGCAUAAUAUACAAAGAUUAUUGAUUUUCACUAAACGGAUGGCCGGACAAGAGAUCUCUGACAUUCUCCAACGCGGAAUCCGAGCAUCCCGACCGGCUUAAGUUAUCAACGGAGUCUCGAUGAAGCUCCUCCUUUCAUAGUGACUUACCUUUUAUCGUAAGGCAUAAUGAAAUACCUGCGAAUUGAGUGAGCCUCUGAAUUGUGAAUCUAAUUUUUAAUUAGAGAAAGAGAGACGCGUGUGGAUGAAUUGUGACAAGCCGGGCAUGGUGGAAACGCGCGCACGCGUUUCAGGCUCGUCGCGAAAUGAACAAGGCGCUGCUUUAAAAGAGGGGCUGUAUUUCAAACCUUUCUUUACAUCGAGUAACUCGCCAGCAAUCUCGUUAUCAUUCGAGUACAAAAUUCAUCGCAAAACGAUAAAUACACACACACAUCGGUCGACGGCCCGUGUUUAAAAUGUCGCGAGGCACCAUACCGACGACGGACGUGCGCUGCUCUCUCUCUCUCCCUCUUUUUCUGUCUCUCUCCCGCGCCGGUCGAUGGAAUCGAUCCUCUUACACAGGGCCUUGCACGGGAGGGGGG